AUGGGCGUCCUCAACUAUACCCAAAACAAACCCAAGGACAUGUCAAGGGGCUACCUCGAGGCCUGCAACUACAGCAAAGACGCCCAGUUCGACUUCCAUGACCGAAGCCCCAGAAUCCAAGCCCUGAGGGGUCCAGCUGCCGCUUUGUACCACGCAAAGCUGAAGCAUGAGAGACAAACCAGGUGGUACGAGCUGCAAAAACAAAAGGCUUUGCAGAAGAAGGCUUUGGAAGCCGAACGGGUCAAGGCUGGCGGAAGAGCGGCUGUGCCGGCUGGGGAGGAAGGGAAAAAGAGAGGCAAGACGGAUGAUGACUCUGGAGGUAGGAGCGGGGGCAAGACCGACUAUGGGGACAGAUGGAAGAACUCUGGGUCUGGAGGCUUCCAUUUCAAUCACAGUGAGUACGACUUGAGGGACUGGGCGCUUGAAAGGGAGAGCAGAUGA